AAUUCUGGGAAAUUAAAUGGUGAAGAAUUUCAGAAGUUGGAGCUACAAGUAGGAAACUUGAAGAAGGAAUUCACAGAUGUUGACUUGAGCAAAACUGGAUAUGUGACCUCAAGUCAAAUGAAGACUCUCCUUGAUUCCAAAGGGCUCACCAUAAAUUCUCAGACAUUUGAGUUGUUAUGGAAACGAUACAGCUCCAAAGGACGCAUGACAUUUGAUGAUUUUGUGGCAAGCACUGUGAAGCUACAGGCCUUGACAGAUCGGUUCAAGAAACGGCUUGUCACUGGCUUGAACUGUGACUGUCAAGUGGCCACAUUCUCUCUGGAAGAAUUCAUCAAAACAUCCCUCCUGUAGUGCUUUAACAUGCAGAAAUGUUACAACUUAUAAUCUUUGACUUUCUGAAGAUUACAAAUAUCUGUCUGUUCUUA